GUGAUCUUCAGCUGGGAUACACGGCAUCUCAAUUAAAGGCAAUAAGAUUUACUAAACAUGCAUUGUCUGUUGCGUGCAACAAUUAUCACCUUUGUGAGCAGUGGCCUAUCGGUCAUCAGCGGAAUUCUUAUAUUCAUUGAAUACAGCCUAAACUCUCACCAUGAUCGACUAGCCACGAUGUUCGUGUUCAUGACGAUAGGUGAUUUUAUGUAUGCCGUUGGUUACAUUGUGGGGGAUAUGCGGUACUAUGACCUGUACGAGGAAAUUGACAAUGUGACCAGUACUAACUGCAGUAUACUGUCAGAUGAUGCCAGCAACGACCUGCUUUGCAAGGGGCAAAGCUUUGUUACGACGUACGCAAGUCUGGUGUCGUUUGCUUGGACCUGUAAUUUACUGAUCACGCUAUAUUUAUACUACAUAGGUCAUGACAGACCAUCACGGUUAAGGGAGUGGAUUAUGCACAUUGUCGGAUGGAUUUUACCAGGUAUAAUUGUCAUUAGCGCGGUAUCAGCCGGAGCUCUGGGUGAAGAUAGUGCGGAAUACAGCGGACCUUGGUGCUGGGUGCGGGACUUUCCAUCCAAAGGCGAAAGAAUUCUGUGGAUGCUUUUUGCGGGGAAAUUCUGGGAAAUUUUGACCUACAUCAUUACGUUCGUCAUGUUUGUACUCUGCAUGAAACUUACAAGUUGUGGCAGAAUUAAAGGCGCUCGCUUCCCAGAAGAUGUUACCAAUCAAAGACGUUUUGUGAGAAUGGAAGAUAAUGAAGAUGUAGAUGACCAGUCACAGAACAGAAUUUCAGACAUUCAAGGACUGGUUCACGACGAGAAUUAUUCGUGAUGAUGAGAUUCUCACUAAUCUCGCGAAAUUUUCUCGCACGCGAAUAAAGGAAGAUCAGAAACAUUAUGAAGAUCAGUCGUUAAUGAUGUGGAGAUUUUGCUUUGCGUGGAUAAUUUUGGUGGUCACUCGUUGCUUCGGUACAACCCGUUUCUUCUUGUAUGUGUUUGAUGUACAAGUUAGCGAUAAGGCAAAUGAAUGGCUGUUGAAUCUACAAAGUUUUGGAGAUGGCAGUUUGGCGUUUGUGAAUUUUGUAUUCUAUCUGAUCACUAACCCCGCUGUCGUACGAAAGUAUUGGAAGCAAAUCAGGGCCCGGAGCGGAAAUGAUGAAAUGUCAAAUAAUGAAAAUUUAAAUGUAAAUGAAUAAACAAACAUUAAAAAAGAAAUAAAGCAAUUAAACUUUUAGCUAGAGUAACAAAACCACAAAUAUAAACGGAUGCCCGCAUUAUAACCUUGAACGAGUUUAAAAUUAUGUAAAUAAAACCUAUGCUGAUAAAUGCAUGAAGCUUAAAUCUUUCUCUGGAUUACAAUGUGUAAAUAUUAGUAGACUAUUAGGUGGGAAAGUUUAUCGAGGAUAAUGCGCACGAUAUCGUAGAAUACAGUAAUAAAACUAUUGUAUCUAAAACCGACAGUAUAUGUCGAAAUAGUAAAUUUACUGGCCUAAAAAUCGUGGGCGGCCAAGAGAAAGUGAAAAUUAUCUAAAAAGACUUGCAUGUAUAAGAAUAUCUACGGAUUUCACCAUUUCUACAAGUUUUGAAAAUCAGUAGAAUGCUUUAUUGUUUCAAAAUAUACAUAACAAGACUUUUUAACAUGAGUCAUUUUUGCAAUUGGUCAUGGGAAUUAAAAGAAUCGUAGUUUUCAUUUUUUGCUAAGAAAAUCUAUAGGGGGUGCAUCAUUAUAAGAAUAACAUAAUUUUCACAGUAGUACAUGUAUGUACAUUAUGCAAUCACAAAAUGAGUCAUAAUUGCUAUUUUGUGAAACAGCUGAAUUUAUCAAGGUGAUAUAUUCCAAAAUGGUAUGAAGAACAAAACCUGGAAAUUAAAGUUUUCAUUUGAUUUAGCUUAUUGAUAGUACUGUUAUCAUUGAUAUAUGAUUUAGUUUUUGUUAGGUAUAUGCAAGGUGAAGAUAACGAACAGUGAUCAAUCUCAUAACUCCUACAAGCAAUACAAAAUAGAUAGUUGGGCAAACACGGACCCCAUGACACACCAGAGGUGGGAUCAGGUGCCUAGGAGGAGUAAUCAUCCCCUGUUGACCGGUCACACCCGCUGUGUGCCCUAUAUCCUGAUCAGGUAAACGGAGUUAUCCGCAGUCAAAAUCAGUAUGCCAAGAACGGCUUAACAAUCGGUAUGAAACACGUGAGACAGCAUUUGACCAAAUGAUAGGUUGUAUUGACGAACUAGAUCGUUAUAAUAUAUAUGUAUCAUUAUGACGUCACAAAAUGAGUCAUAAUUGCUAUUUUGUGAAACAGAUGAAUUUGUAAAGGUGAUAAUUUCCAAAAUGGUAUGAAGAACAAAAGCUGGAAUUUAAAUUUUGCAUAUAAUUUAGCUUUUUUGAUAGAACUGUUAUCAUUGAUAUCUGAUUUAGUUUUUGUCAGUUAUAUGUAUCAAUAGAUAGCAUUUUCUUUAAAAAUCUUAAGCUUUACACAUAUGCACAUGAGCCGUUAUUCCAUAAAUGAAUUCAUUUAAAGAAAUGCUUUUAUUUUAGGUACUAAUAAAAGUAUGAAGUCUC